AUGAUAUGGAACCAGAGGAUAUUGAUAGUCUAUCAGAUUCUAUUGAAUUGGUGUCUGGACUUACAUUUCAAAAUUGGGACAAAUUUGAAAUUUGGCUUCAUAAAUAUGUGAUAAAAGAAGGUUUUAGCUAUAAAACUAGAACUAGUAAAUAUGAUCAAGAUAUUUUGAAAAGAGCUGUAUUUGAAUACACAAAAUCUG